GCAGACCACGAGCCCCCACUGCGCUCAGAUACAGCGACCCGCGAGUCCACUCGGGGGAGACCGGACCACACGCAGUCGGGAUUCGGUGAAACUGCCGCCAAACCGUCAGCACAUCGGCGAGCGACGCGUGGAACCGAUCAUGCUCAGCAGGGGCCGUUUCAAGAACCUCGGAGAUCAAUCGGCAGCCAUCAGCCUUCGUGGUGCUCGCACUGUUGGCUGAUCAGCUAACUGUGGGCUAACAUCUCGCCGCGGGCUGACAGAAUCACGAUGGGCGGGAAGCAAUCUCGCAGCUCCUCCAGCAAGGAGCUGAAUGACGCGGGGAGCCUCGGCCAAAGCAGGAAGAGCUCUGGGAGGGACGACCAGGCCGGCCUUUCCUCGGCCGCCGAGAGAAUCCGGCGAAACACCACGGUGCACUUUGGCUACAGCACCCUCAGCCUGGCCAUGCGGGCCCUCGAUCAAACCCCCUCUGAGCUUUGGGAGCUCCGGGAACUACAAAAGCUGAACUUAUCCAUGAAUUGCUUGUGCUCUCUGCCCCCUGCUCUGGGCGCUUUGGACAAUCUGGUGAUCUUGAACCUGUGGGGCAACAACCUGUCCAGCCUGCCGGCCGAGAUCAGCCUCCUGAAGAAGCUGCGCGUGCUUUUCGCCUGCCGUAACCGCCUGAGCGAGGUCCCGGAGGAGCUCGGCUCCUGUACCUGCCUGGAGGUGCUCAGUCUGGCCAAUAACCAGAUCACGGGCCUCCCCGGCAGCCUGGCGGCCAUGCACAACCUGACCAAGCUCAAUCUCAGCCACAACCGCAUCACACACAUCCCCACCUGCGUCUACAGCAUGAAGGGCCUGGUUUUCCUCCAUCUGGCUUGCAACCGUCUGGAGACCAUCGCGGACCAGAUCCAGGAUUUGGUUAACCUGAAGAUCCUCAUCGUGGAGGGAAACAGUAUCCACUCUCUGCCCAAGACGCUGUGCUUCAUGGAGUCUUUGGAACUCCUCAAUGUUGACUUCAACGACCUGCAAAACGUGCCGAUGGAAAUGUACCUACUGAGCAGGCUCGGCAGGUUGGCCUGCCACCCAAUGGAUAAAGGACUUCAUAUUAUCCACAACCCCCUCCUCAAGCCUAUCCAGGAGGUGCUGCAAGGGGGACUCAGUGCCCUCUAUAACUACCUCAAGCCCACGUGAGGGACUCCUGCUGUGUGUGCAUGUGUGCAUUUGUGUGUGUGUGUGUGUGCGUGUGUGUGUGUGUACAUGUGUGGGUGUGCAUCUAAAAGAGUCCUAAUGGGAUGUUGGCACCAGUCGGCACGUGGCAGUCAUGCUGUGAGCCAUGUAUUUCGCCCUGAACGACCUGAUUGUAUUCAGAUACCACCAUUCAACAAAAGUGAUGACCGGCACUCGGCAUUGAUGUUGUUGUUUCCUGUUGGUGUUUUAUAACGUGUAAUGUGAAAGCUGGGUUAAAAUUAAAAAAGAGUAACCGCUG